AGCGGUACGUAGCCGACUGGAGGCGAAAACGAGUGGCUGGGAUGCUUUAUCUCUGGGUAGAAAGAUUGAGGGAGCGGGAGGGGAGGCACCGGGGCCCUCAGGGACCAGCGAGGACGUGAAAGGGUCGCAGCGGCGUCCGGAGUGUCGCCGGCUCCCGCCGGGGUGCAGCUACCACCGGAACGAGGGAGCGACAUCCCCAAGUGGCCCUUUUCCCUUUGUGUCUUGGGGCGGGAUCCGCCGGGAGGGCGGCCCGCGGGCCGGGCCUCACCUCGGCGCCCUGGGGCUGUGAGGUCCGGCGGCGGAGGUGACGCCCGCUUCCGGGCAUCUCGAGUCCCCCAGGGUCUUCAGGCGCCCCGGGCUGCGGAGGCGCAGGUGAGGCACCUGUGAGGCCUGGCCCGAGGUGCUAGGACGUUGAGAAGUUCCUCGUCGGAGGCCCCAGCUACCUUUAACCCUGGCCGGCCUGCCACCGCAGGGCUGCUGGUCCCAUUGAGCCCUUGGCACCGAGGUUUGGCUCAUGGUUGACAGCUUAGAAGAGAGAGAAAAAUUUGAGGGAGGAUGGAUGCAAAAGCUCGAAAUUGUUUACUUCAACACAGAGAAGCCCUGGAAAGAGACAUCAAGACAGCCUAUAUCAUGGAUCACAUGAUUAGUGAUGGAGUUUUAACAUUAUUGGAAGAGGAAAAAGUGAAAAUUGAGCCCACUCAACAGCAGCGAGCAGCUAUGCUAAUUAAAAUGAUACUUCAAAAAGAUAAUUAUUCCUACAUAUCAUUCUACAAUGCUCUACUGCAUGAAGGGUAUAGAGAUCUGGCUGACCGUCUCCGUGGUGGUCUUCCUGAUGUCUCUUCUUCCAAUGGCAAAGAUUCAGUUGGUGGAAUAACUUCAUAUGUAAGGACAGUCCUUUGUGAAGGUGGAGUACCACAGAGGCCAGUUGUUUUUGUUACUAGAAAGAAGCUGGUUAAUGCAAUUCAGCAGAAGCUCUCCAAACUGAACGGUGAACCGGGAUGGGUCACCAUAUAUGGAAUGGCAGGCUGCGGGAAGUCUGUAUUAGCUGCAGAAGCUAUUCGAGAUCAUUCCCUCUUAGAAGGUUGUUUCCCAGGGGGUGUGCAUUGGGUUUCAGUUGGAAAACAAGAUAAAUCUGGGCUUCUGAUGAAACUGCAAAAUCUUUGCACACGAUUGGACCAAGAUGGCAAUUUCUCCCAGAGGCCUCCACUUAAUAUUGAAGAAGCUAAAGACCGUCUCCGCAUCCUGAUGCUGCGCAAACACCCGAGGUCACUCUUGAUCUUGGAUGAUGUUUGGGAUCCUUGGGUUUUAAAAGCUUUUGACAAUCAGUGUCAAAUUCUUCUUACAACCAGAGACAAGAGUGUUACAGAUUCAGUAAUGGGCCCUAAAUAUGUGGUUCCUGUGGAGAGUAGCUUAGGAAAAGAAAAAGGACUUGAAAUUUUAUCGCUUUUUGUUAAUAUGAAGAAAGCAGAUUUGCCAGAACAAGCUCAUAGUAUUAUAAAAGAAUGUAAAGGUUCUCCUCUUGUAGUGUCUUUAAUUGGUGCACUUUUACGUGAUUUUCCCAAUCGUUGGGAGUACUACCUCAGGCAACUUCAGAAUAAGCAAUUUAAGAGAAUCAGGAAAUCUUCAUUUUAUGAUUAUGAGGCUCUGGAUGAAGCCAUGUCUAUAAGUGUUGAAAUGCUCAGAGAAGACACCAAGAAUUAUUACACAGAUCUUUCCAUCCUCCAGAAGGAUGUUAAAGUGCCUACAAAGGUGUUAUGUAUUCUCUGGGACUUGGAAACUGAAGAGGCUGAAGACAUACUGCAGGAGUUUGUUAAUAAGUCCCUCUUAUUCUGCGAUCGAAAUGGAAAAUCAUUUCGUUAUUAUUUACAUGAUCUUCAAGUAGAUUUCCUUACAGAGAAGAAUCGCAGCCAACUUCAGGAUCUGCAUAAGAAGAUGAUUACUCAGUUCCAAAGGUAUCACCAGCUACAUCCUCUUUCACCAGAUCAGGAGGAUUGCAUGUACUGGUACAACUUUCUGGCCUAUCACAUGGCCAGUGCCAAUAUGCACAAAGAACUUUGUGCUUUAAUGUUUUCCCUGGAUUGGAUUAAAGCAAAAACUGAACUUGUAGGCCCUGCUCAUCUGAUUCAUGAAUUUGUGGAAUAUAGGCAUAUAUUGGAUGAGAAGGAUUGCACAGUCUGUGAGAAUUUUCAGGAAUUUUUAUCUUUAAAUGGACACCUUCUUGGACGACAGCCAUUUCCUAAUAUUGUACAACUGGGUCUCUGUGAACCGGAAACUUCAGAAGUUUAUCAGCAAGCUAAGCUUCAGGCCAAGCAGGAGGUCGAUAACGGAACGCUUUACCUGGAGUGGAUAAACAAAAAAAACAUGAAGAAUCUCUCCCGCUUAGUUGUCCGCCCCCAUACGGAUGCUGUUUACCAUGCCUGCUUUUCUGAGGAUGGUCAGAGAAUAGCAUCUUGUGGAGCUGAUAAAACCUUACAGGUGUUCAAAGCUGAGACAGGAGAGAAGCUUCUAGAAAUCAAGGCUCAUGAAGAUGAAGUGCUUUGCUGUGCAUUCUCUGCAGAUGACAGGUUUAUAGCAACCUGCUCAGUGGAUAAACAAGUGAAAAUUUGGGAUUCUGUGACUGGGGAACUAGUACGUACCUAUGAUGAGCACUCAGAGCAAGUCAAUUGCUGCCAUUUCACCAACAACGGUCAUCACCUUCUCCUCGCCACUGGCUCAAGUGAUUGCUUCCUCAAACUCUGGGAUUUGAAUCAAAAAGAAUGUCGAAAUACCAUGUUUGGCCAUACAAAUUCAAUCAAUCACUGUAGAUUUUCACCAGAUGAUACGCUUUUGGCCAGUUGUUCAGCUGAUGGAUCAUUAAAGCUUUGGGAUGUGAGAUCAGCAAAUGAGAGGAAAAGCAUUAACGUGAAACAGCACUUCCCAGAUUCAGAGGAUCCUCAAGAGGAUAUAGAAGUGAUAGUGAAAUGUUGUUCCUGGUCUGCUGAUGGUGCCAGGAUAAUGGUGGCAGCAAAAAAUAAAAUCUUUCUUUUUGACAUUGAUUCCAGUGGCCUAUUGGCAGAAAUCCCCACAGGACAUCAUAGUACCAUCCAGUACUGUGACUUCUCUCCUCAUAACCAUUUGGCAGUGGUGACUUUGUCCCAGUACUGUGUGGAGUUGUGGAAUACAGACUCGUGUUUAAAAGUAGCUGACUGCAGAGGACAUUUAAGUUGGGUUCAUUCUGUGAUGUUUUCUCCUGAUGGUUCAUCAUUUUUGACAUCUUCUGAUGACCAGACAAUCAGGUUUCUUUAUCUUAAACAGGUCUGGGAGACAAAGAAAGUAUGUAAGAACUCUGCAGUAGUGUUAAAGCAAGAAGUAGAUGUUGUGUUUCAAGAGAAUGAAGUGAUGGUUCUUGCAGUUGACAAUAUAAAACGUCUACAACUCAUUAAUGGAAAAACAGGUCAGAUUGAUUACCUGACUGAAGCUCAAGUUAGCUGCUGUUGCUUAAGUCCACAACUUCAGUACGUUGCAUUUGGAGAUGAAGAUGGGGCCAUUGAGAUUUUAGAACUCCUAAAUGGCAGAAUCUUCCAGUCCAGGAUUAGACACAAGAAAGCUGUACGGCACAUUCAGUUCACAGCUGAUGGGAAGACUCUUAUUUCAAGCUCCGAUGAUUCUACAAUUCAGGUAUGGAAUUGGCGGUCAGAGGAAUAUGUCUUUCUGCAAGCCCAUCAGGAAACAGUGAAAGACUUCAGGCUCUUGAAAAAUUCAAGACUGCUUUCUUGGUCAUUUGAUGGAACAGUGAAGGUGUGGAAUAUUAUUACUGGAAGAAUAGAAAAAGACUUUGUCUGUCACCAGGAUACAGUACUCUCUUGUGAUAUUUCUCCUGAUGCUACCAAGUUUUCAUCUACCUCUGCUGACAAGACUGCAAAGAUCUGGAAUUUUGACCUCCUUUUCCCUCUUCAUGAAUUGAGUGGCCACACAGGCUGUGUGCGCUGCUCCGUCUUCUCUGUGGACAGUACCCUGCUGGCGACUGGAGAUGACAACGGAGAAAUCAGGAUAUGGAAUGUCUCAAACGGUGAGCUUCUUGGUUUGUGUUCGGUAGAAGGAGCUGCUACCCACGGAGGCUGGGUGACCGACCUUUGCUUUUCUCCAGAUAGCAAAAUGCUUGUCUCCUCUGGGGCAUAUCUUAAGUGGUGGAAUGUUGUCACUGGGGAAUCUUCACAGACCUUCUACACAAAUGGAACCAAUCUGAAGAAAAUACACGUGUCCCCUGACUUCAAAACGUUUGUGACUGUUGAUAAUCUUGGUAUUUUAUAUAUUUUACAGAUUUUAGAGUAAAAGAAUUAAGCAUUAACAUAAGUUGGAUUCUUUUAAAUACGGAACGGGAAAGAAAUUGUAACGAAACUCUGUUUCACCUUUUUAUAAAGCUGUGAAUGGUUUUGUAGUAUGGCAUUUAUUAUAAAAGUGUUUGUUGUUGGAUGAAUAACAUUAAUCUAGUUUUUCCCCGAAUGAACACACCUUUAAUCUUGUUUUUCAUAAUCAUCAUCUUUAUUGUUAACAGUUUGUUCUUAAGGUACAAAUGAAAAUGUGAAUAUACAUACCUUGUUAUAUUGUUUGUAAAAUUCUUUCUUGAUACAUUCAAAUUGGCUGACAUAAUUAAUGAAGAUAAUUUGAAGGAAACCUGUAUUUUAAUACGAUCAUUAUGCAGGCUGUGCCCCAGGGUAACAGCAGCCUGCUCUCAGAACCACACUCUCUCAAAUACAAUCUUGGAGCUGAUUUGCACUCUUUAAAUUUGCUUUAAACAUAUUGUGUCUGUGUGAACAGUCUGCAUUUCCUUUAAUUAACUCCAUUAGUGAGUCUUGGAUUUCAAAAGUUCUGUGAAGCAAAAUUACUGUGCGUUGGAGACAGUAGAUUUUAUUGGUCUACUGUUUUGUCUCUGUAACUUAUGGCAGCCACAGACUAUAACUGGACUCAGUUUUCAGCAUCUGAGUUGAGCACUACCCUGCCUCAGUUUUUGUGUAUACUAGACUUCUUACCUGUCUGAACUUGACCAUUCUUAAUCCUCACUUUUUCUUCUUUUUUUAGCAAUUGAUCCACAGUUAAAUGUUAGUAAAUAAGAAUAAUUAGGGAGGGGCCAAUUUUAAUCUUAAAUUUUAAUAAUAGGAUUUUUUCUAAGAAAUUUAAAAUGGUAGUCUUUUUCUAUUUUCUGUUUACUUUCAGAUAAAUGGCAUCGCCAGUGCUAUUCUCUUAGUGAAUUUCAAUAGAGAAUUUUCUGUUGCUUUCUACGCAGUUUCAGAAUAGGCACUGUGACUGUGGAAGAUGUCAAUUUUAGCUUUCCAAUCUUCUGUCCAACCAACCUAUUCUCCCUCUCUCCCUCCCUCCUCCCACCAGGGUCACUCAGGAAAGGUAGCUUUUACUAGGAAAGAAGUUCAUCAGUAUCAGUAACUAGCAAUUUCUGACUGCCCGAAUUAAGAACUUUAAUUGAAGUUUAAACCUGAGCAUUAUCUCUGAAAUAUUAAGGGAAAUGGAGAUAAAUUAAUAAAAAAUGUGGUUGCCAUAUAACAAAAGUAACCAAAACUCAAAAGUUUUUUGUUUCUGCUCUGCCACAGGAACUAAAUCAAAUUGGUAUUAAUAUUAAUAGUACGUCAGCAAUGAGCCUGUUUCUGUUGUUGGUGCAUAUUAGUAGAUGGGGGCAUGAAUGGGAUAUGAAUAUGACCACUCAGAUAUAUUUUAGAUUAGAUAGGUCUGCUUAUCAUUUGAGGGAACCUUAAAUAGAGUGAAUAAUUUUUCACAUUGCUGAGGUUUUUCUUUUUUUUAAUUAGUUUACAGGCUUACUGUGAUUUAAGCAAAUAUGUGAAAAUUUUAAUUUUAUAAAAAGGAAUUUCUGUAAAUGAUAUAUUCUCCUUAGAGUGUCUAAAUCAUGAUUUGGAUGCAGUGUUCAGGAACUCAUUGCAUAUAUAGCUCAGAGUUUAAAAUAUUAACUAUUGGAGUUAAAAACCUCUAGACUUCUAGCAAAGAUUGUUACUUACAGGACUAAGGUGUGUGUGACCCAAGCCAUGGUAUAUUCAGUCGCCUCUUUUGCAUGCAAAAGCCGGAAAAUGAAUAAGAAAGGCCAAAGAAAAAUGGAUGCAUUUGAAUUAUGGUGUUGGCAAAGACUAUUGAAUACACCACGGACUGCCAAGGAAUGAACAAAUCUGUCUUGGAAGAUGUACAGCCAGAAUGCUACUUAGAAGCAAGGUGGCAAGACUUUGUCUCACAUGUUUUAAACAUGUUAUCAGGAGGGACCAGUCCCUGGAGAAGGACAUCAUGCUUGGUAAAGUAGAGGGUCAGCAAAAAAGAGGAAGACCCUCAGUGAGAUGAAUUGACACAGUGGCUGCAACAUUGGGCUCAGAUAUAGCAACGAUUGUGAGGAUGGCACAGGACCAAGCAGUGUAUCAUUCUUUUGUACGUAGGGUCACUGUGAACUGUAACUGAGUCAGUGAUACCUAACAGACAUACACACACACACAGACACAGAGUUAAAGUAUAACAAUAAUCAUUAGCUUUUAAAAAUACUUGAUUGGCCCUUGUCUUAAAAGAAAUUAAAAAGAAAAAUGAGGUACCAUAAGGUAAGAAGAGAAGCUAAGUACAAAACAGCUGUAGAUUUCACGGCAGCUCAUGGAGUUAGUCAAGAGGAGAAUUUGGUUUGUAGUUGGCAGAUGAACACUGUCGAGCAUUUUCCCCUGCUUCAUUUUUUUGGAUUGGAAAUACCAUUGAACUUUGUAUAUAUAAAGAUUUUUUACAUUGUGUCUUGUUCAUUUCGAAAACCAUCGGUUUUAUAUUUUUGAUAUUGUCUACAUGAUUUUUUUUGUCUUGGUAUACAUUUUGAAUGCAUUUAAAAA